UAAAUAUCCUUUUUAGAUUUUCAUGUCUUUUUUCCUGGUAUAUUUUGCAUUUUAAUCAUUGUGAAGUUUCAACCUCAAACUGUGGCCAAAAUAGUUUUGUUCACUUGUUUGUUCGCUGCACUGUUGGCAUAUUCCUAUCACUUCUACAUUAUAACACGCGAAGCUGGGGGCCUGGAUACGAAAAUGUCGGUUUCACCACAAUUCUUUCUUCAUAAUUCAAGAGUACCAGCUACUGCCUCAGUUAUAUUUCUUCAUGGACUAGGAGACACUGGGGCUGGUUGGUACCAUGGGUUUGAUGAAUUAAGGAAGAAUCACGUACGAUAUAUCUUCCCUAACGCGCCAUCGAUCUCUGUCACAAUGAAUGGAGGAUUUGUAAUGCCAGCAUGGUAUGACCUGAAAGGCUUGGGACCGAAUACGGUGGAGGAUAAGAAAGGAAUUGAAGCAUCCGCUGCUAAAAUUCGUGAGAUAAUCAAGACAGAAAUGGAUGAACACAACAUACCAAGCAAUAGAAUUAUGUUGGGAGGAUUUUCCAUGGGUGGGGCCUUAGCAUUAUACACAGCUUUGACACACCCACAGCAACUUGGAGGUGUGAUAGCACUCAGCUCAUACUUACCACUGCAUAAAGCAUUUGCCACUGGUGAAGGGGGAAUAAGUCUAACUGCACAGAAGUGCCCAAUAUUCCAAGCCCAUGGCACAUCAGACCCCAUGUUACCAUUCCAGUUUGGCCAGAUGAGCAACAUGCUGUUACAGAAUGCAAGAAAGGAUCUCAAUCUCACCACUGAGUUUAAACCUUAUCAAGGCAUGGGACACCAGUCAUGUGACGAGGAAAUGGAUGACGUCAAAACCUUUAUAGAUAAAUGUUUGCAAUAGCCAACCACUGUGUAGGACUGGUGGUUUAAUGGAGUGAUUUUAACCAAUAUUCAGUUGCAAUCUGGAUCACGUUGUGGCCUUAUAUGUAUUUGACAACUUCGAAAACAGCUUGAUCAAAACAUGCGUGUUUUUUACGUGGCAGGGAAUUGAUUUUGUUGAUAGUAAAAUCAAAGCAGUAUGUAUGAUAUA